AUGGUACCAAGUGCAGUCUGGCUCGAAACAGUGGUUGCGAUAGAGGUGCUAAGUGAUGAUGACCCAGAAGCUAGCGAGGAUAUGACGGAACCAAGGACCAACGUGGAUGAUGCGGAGUUUGUAAACGUGGCUGAUGGGCUAGACACGCUCAUGGAUGAAGGAGGACUUGAAGAUAUGGCGGAUUGGGGUGUUGUUGACACCAAAGUAGAGGUAGACGGAUUGAUCGAUGAGCCCGAUACGGCGGUAGAGAGGGAAAAACUUGUGGUUGUACUAGACGAUGCAGCCGACGAGCUGACCUGGGUUGAGGAAGAUACCGGAAUGAUUGAGCUUGACGCGGAGGAGAAUUGUGCCGACGAUGAGGCGCUGGAAGAACGCAGCGACGAUGUGCUGGACGAUCGCACUGAGGAAGAGGCGCUGGAAGAACGCAUCGACAAUGUGCUGGACGAUCGCACUGACGAAGACAUGCCCGAGCAAGUUCCAAACCUAGGCUGGCAACCUGUUUCACAGUAUCCAGACGUAGAGCCACUAUUGGAAAGCAUUAGCAUUUAA